AUGUCAAAGGUAGAUGUUGUUGAUAUAACGCAAGAGGAUAUUAGGGUUGAUCAGAGGUUUCAUCUUUUCCCUUAUGAAAGACUUGAAGCUUUCAGUAUAACGGGUGGAAUCAUUGGAGGAUUUGCCGGAUUCUUUGAUGGUAUAAAGGUUUCAAGUUUACAAUAUCUUACUGAAAAUGGUCAUAGAUUACCUACUACGGUUGGUGGUUGGUACUUUUAUCAUAAGAAGAAGAACUAUGUCAUGAUCCUCAAUGGAGCUCAGAAUGGAUUUAAACAAGGAUUGAAAUAUACUGUAUCAGUGGGAGGAUUCUUUGGAUUAGAAUUCUUAAUUGAUAGAUAUAUUCGUAAUGAUAUCAUUGAUUUCACCAGUAGUUUGGCAGCAGGUACUAUAUAUGCGGGAUUAUUUGGUUUAUAUAGUAAAUUGAGUAAAAUUCAAAUUCAAAAAUAUAUGAAAAAGGGGGCUGCUGUUGGUUUAAGUUUAGGCUUAACUCAAGAUUUACUUAUAUUUACUAGAGGUGGUCAUGUUUGGUAUUUAGAAAAACUAGGUAUACGGAAUCCUCAAGUUAAUAGAGAACAAAGACUCUUGUAA